UUUUGUCAGGUUCACUCCUGACAACUGAUUUUCUAGUGUCACAACGUUUCUGUGACGCUGCAUACGUGCCUGAACCGGCAUCUGGGGGGCUUGCACGACAUCAGAGCUGCUGUUAAUAGUGCAGCAGAACCCAUGUUUCACAAUCGCCUCCCCUCGGUGUGUAAGUACAAGGUUUCAUCAUCAGACACGGGCACAAUGAGCUCUGCGAAGGCCGUCCCACUUCCUGUGUGAGAAAAUUCCCUCCUGAAACGGCUUUAAAAAGGAGUGAGUGUCAGCUGAGAGAGACAGAACAACAGGACAGCUGAUAACCAGCAAACAGCUCAAACAGCUCCUCCAGGCUCCAGCAGCUCUUUUUAUCUGUAAAAAAAAAAAAUGGAAUCCAAUGUGUGCAACCUGAGCAACAUGUGGACCAAGAAGAUGCCCGCAGGACUGGGAUUAGAGAUUUCCCAUCAGCCACCAUCCAUGAGGCACGUUGUUAAUCUGAUCAUCGCCAUGGAGAGGCUGAAGGCCGGCGUGGCCGAGAAGGUGCUGAGCACCGACUUCAGGGACGAGAACUUGAUCAGCAUCAUGCUGGAGAGCGUCGUGGAAGAGAAACACUUCUUUGAGUCCCAGUCGGGUGCACCGUAUCAGUUCCACAUGUUCGAGGAGCACGAGUGCAGCGUCACAGACAGCCGUCAGCGGAGUUUUGUUCUGGUCAAAGACAGCAUGGAGCUCCACGCCAUGACGCUGCAGGCCGCCAAUCUUCACCACAAAGUUUUCCUGAACAUGGCGAUGUACACACACAACCCCUCUGCAUCCAGCCCUGGUGCCCUGCUUGUUGCUCUGGGCAUCAAAGGCACAAACCUGUACCUGUGCUGCCAACAAAAUGGCGACACACCAACUCUGCACCUGGAGGCAGUGGACAAAGAAACUCUAUUGAACAUCGAUUCAGAAAGUGAGAAGAAGCGCUUCCUCUUCUACAAACAGGACAAGGCAGUGAACCAGAGCACUUUCACAUCUGCUUCCUUCCCCAAGUGGUACAUCAGCACGUCGACAGAGGACAAGAGGCCGGUGGAGAUGUGCCAGGAAACCACCGACCGAUACAUAAAAUUCAAAAUUCAGAGUCUGAAUUAAAAACUGCCGGAGGCUGACAGUUUGUGGAUCUGAGAAAAGCCCUGCUGUUGUUUGCUAAAAUAACGUGCAAGUUUUACAUAGUACUUUAUUACUGUAUGUACCAAGUACAGAAGGAGAAAUGCUCAUUGUAUUGACUUUGUCAAGUUUUACCAAAAGGUGGCACCAUUGUGUUGUUUGGUGAGCCAUUUUGUGUAUUUAUUAUUUGAAAUGACUCAAAUUGUUGUGAAUUUUAAAUAUUUAUUUAACUAUUUAUGCACAGCUUUUACUCAAGCACUUGUCUAUAUAAAAUCUGCUUACUGAACAUAUUUAAAUAAUGUGCAGAAAUCUUAAAUAAAGCCUUUUAAAAAUA